ACACACACACACACACGCACACACACACAUAGAGAGACAGUGCCAACCCGGCGACGAGGUUGGGCCUGCAGUGCCCUGCUGCAACCCAGGACUAAAAAACACACCAUGGAGCUGGAGAACAUCGUAGCCAACACCGUGCUGCUCAAGGCGAGAGAAGGAGGGGGCGGAAACCGAAAAGGCAAGAGCAAGAAGUGGAAACAGAUGCUUCAGUUCCCUCACAUAAGUCUGUGCGAGGAGCUCCGCCAAACUAUAGAAAAAGACUACAACAGCCAGUGCGAGAGGCAGCCGAUCGGACGCAUGCUCUUCCGCCAGUUCUGCGAUACCAGACCGGAGCUGAGACGCUGCGUCAAGUUUCUGGAUGCCGUGGCUGAAUAUGAAGUAACCCCGGACGAAAAGAGGAAGGUGUGCGGACAGGAGCUUCUUGAAAAGUAUUUAAAUCCAAAGUCAGAGGACCAUGUCCCCGAGGUGGUGGAGGAGAUGGUGUCUAAAUGUGCCGAGCGCUUGGAACAGGAGCCGUGUAAAGAACUCUUUAUGGAGUGCACCAAACUGAUCCAUGACUACCUGAGCGUGGCCCCUUUCGCAGACUACCUCGACAGCAUCUUCUUCAACCGCUUCCUCCAGUGGAAAUGGCUCGAGAGACAGCCUGUUACAAAAAACACAUUCCGUCAGUACAGGGUAUUGGGAAAGGGCGGGUUUGGCGAGGUCUGCGCCUGCCAGGUGCGGGCGACGGGGAAGAUGUACGCCUGCAAGAAGUUAGAGAAGAAGCGCAUCAAAAAGAGAAAAGGCGAAUCCAUGGCGCUGAACGAGAAGCAAAUUCUCGAAAAAGUCAACAGCCGGUUUGUCGUGAGUCUAGCGUACGCCUACGAGACGAAAGACGCACUGUGCCUGGUUCUGACGCUGAUGAACGGAGGAGAUCUGAAGUUUCACAUCUACCACAUGGGAGAAGCCGGGUUCGACGAGAAGAGAGCCGUGUUCUACGCCGCCGAGAUCUGCUGCGGCCUGGAGGACCUGCACCGAGAGAGGAUAGUCUACAGGGAUUUGAAGCCAGAAAACAUCCUGCUGGAUGACCACGGUCACAUUCGUAUAUCAGACCUGGGCCUGGCUGUGCACGUACCAGAGGGCCAGACAAUCAAAGGGCGUGUUGGCACCGUGGGGUACAUGGCCCCAGAGGUGGUGAAGAACGAGCGGUACACCUUCAGUCCGGACUGGUGGGCUCUGGGCUGUCUGCUGUACGAGAUGAUCGAAGGCCAGUCGCCUUUCCAGCAGCGUAAGAAGAAGAUCAAGCGCGAGGAAGUGGAGCGACUCGUCAAAGAGGUGGCCGAGGAGUACUCCAGCAAGUUCUCGGAGGACGCCAAGUCCCUCUGCCAAAUGCUUCUGGCCAAAGACCCAAACGAGAGGCUGGGCUGUCAGGAAGGCGCCUCGGAGGUGAAGGCGCACCCCAUCUUCCGCUCCAUCAACUUCAAACGCCUGGAAGCCGGCAUGCUGGAAGCCCCUUUCAUCCCUGAUCCUCAGGCCAUCUACUGUAAGGACGUGCUGGACAUCGAGCAGUUCUCCACGGUGAAAGGGGUGGAGCUUGAGCCCAAAGAUGACUCCUUCUACAGCAAAGUGUCCACAGGAAGUGUCCCCAUUCCCUGGCAAAAUGAGAUGAUAGAGACCGAGUGUUUCAAAGAACUGAACGUGUUGGCUCUAGACGGCUCCGUGCCUCCGGAUCUGGACUGGAGAGGACAGCCGUCUCCUCCGCCCAAACAGGGUCUGCUCCAGAGACUCUUUGGGAGACAGGACUGCUGUGGGAACUGCAGCGACAGCGAUGAGGAGCCUACGCGGCUCUGAGGGCGUGGCCAGCCCCAGGCUCCUCCCCCCUGCCACCGGAGGAUCUCAUUUUGUUUACAACUUUUGCACAUUUGUAUUUUUAGGAUAGCUCUAUAUAAACAUUGGAAUGUAUAUUUUCACUAUAUAGCCAUGCGGUCGAUGUUAUUUAAAGUCAGCGAAACAACUGGGGGAAAAAACGGAUCAGCGUCCAUCAUUACAGCAGAGUAUUUCAUCGACACGAAGGCUGACCGACCCACGCAGCCCUGUCUCGUCUAAUCAGCCUGCCCACCGCCUCCUCGCGCCUUUUUUUAUCAUUUAUAUAUUGUGUUUUUUUUUUUUUUUUAUUCUUUAAGCAAACCACAAACAUGUACAGUGUUCCGUGCUCGGCCAAAUUAUUUCAAAUAAGAAAGAAAAGAAGGAAAUUCAGUUCACAGAUAUUUUUAUAUUUAUAUAUAUAUAUCUAUAUAUAUAUAUGUUUGAUGUUGUUGUUUUUUUUGUUUUGUUUUUUUUUCUUCUUGUGGUAAUCUUGACAAUCAAAUGACAUGAAAUUUGUACAAACCUUUUGACACGUAUGGGUUCAAAUCACAGCGACGACACGUUCCUGUUUAGGCCGCCGUCUCCAUCCGAGGUCUCAGACGUACGUACUUGUAAGGGUUCCUUAGCUAAACACAGACACCUAGUAAAGCCAAUAGACGAAAAAGUUUCCAAGUACACGUAUUCGUCCAAAAACGUAUUAGGUUGUAAAUAAGCGACACUCAUCUGUAAAGCCCUCGGUGUGUCUUCCUGCUGAUUUUUCUCUCCGGAUGUUUGGAGAAAUGAUCAUAAAUUAGUGUUCUAGGUGUUUAGUAUGUUGCAUGGUGAGUCUAUGCAUUAAACCAUCUUGCAUUUAUAAUGCAUUUAUAACGCAUCGUUCCUUAUGUAGUCCGACAACCGCGUCAUCGUAGCUCAUAACUAACUCGUCCUACAAUGCGUUGUCAUCGUGAUUUUGUACAUACAAGUAGAUUUGUUAUGCAUUACGUCAUGGGCUGUUUAAAGGGUUAUUGCUGCUUUUUCCCCAAAAUUUGGGUCAAAACCACAAAACAAAACAAAAAAAAUCUCUAUUACUUGCCAAAAAAAAAAAAGCAACAAUAAAAAAAAUAAAUAAAUAAAAAAUCGUACAUGUAUCAGUCAGGUUAAGGCGUUUUAACUCAUAUGGACGGCCUCGUAUAGAUUUAAACCUGUCGAUGCACUUAAGACCAAACCACUUUAGUUUAGUCCUCCAUCUCCAUGGAAGGUGCCUUUAAUGUUUUAAGGUACUCGUGUAAUUACUGCGUGUUUUUCUAUGGAAUUGUGAUGAUGUUCUUGUUUGUGUGGCUUCGCUUUUUUUCUCUUUUCUUUCUUUCCUUUUUUUUUUUGCCCACAUGAUGUACACUUUCUUCCUGCGCUCUUCAUUUUACCUCAUCUGUGUCCGUGUGGAUGUGCGUUUUUCUGCCAGCUCUUUCCUUUUUUUCCUUUUGCGUUUCUUUUUUUUUUUUUUUGGACUUUCGGACACACGAUCUCAAUCACGAUCUCUCAAGACACGAGGGAAAGACGGCUUUUCGACCUCGGGAUCGUAACUUGAACUCUUUUCAGCCUACCUGUCCAUCGAACCCGGAGGUCUUUGUCCAUCAGCGUUCCCUCGGUUCACCUUUCUGCUCGAAACUCAAGUACAUUCCAGUCUCUACCGUACUGUACAGAUGUAAAAUUGAUUUAAGAUGUUUGGGUUUUUUUUAUUUUAUAUUUGUUUGUUUUCUGUUUAAUUUAGCAAUAACAGGAUUUUAUAAAUGUACCUACCACAUAACCAUGUAUAAAGCGAACGACACCGCAAGACUGAACUCCAGCUGACUCUCGUCGAUGUGUCCCUGAGCCAGGCUUCAACACUGUGAAGGAGGAGAUUUGCUAAUUUCUAUCACAGUUGUACAAUUUUUUUUUUCAUUCAUUCAUUCAUUUGUUUUUGUUUGUUUGUUUGUUUUUUUUCUCGUACGCAAUGCACUGAUGUAUUUUUAUGUGUACAUAUAAAGUGUUUAUGUAUGUGGGUUUGCCUAAACGCUGUGUGUGUAUCUGGAUGUGUGUGUGUGUGUGUGUGUGUGUGUGUGUGUGUGUGUGCGCGCUUGUCGUUGUUGUUUGUUUGUUUUGUUUUUUUUCAUUAUUAUUUUGCACUGCAUGUGCCCAUAUUGUUGCCCAUAACCACUAUGCCAUUGUGUUAAUUCCUGUAUGAUCGGGAAAUGUUACCAUACCACUGCAACGACAGCUGUGAGUCAUAUAUUGCUUUCAAGAAAUGUAAAUUGGCCAUAUGGUAAUACUCAUCGUUUCAAAUAUCUUUUACGUAUAUAUAUAUAUAUAUACGCACAUAUUUCAUUUUUACCUCAUUUGGAAGUGGCGGAAGUGCAACCGAUCGAAAAUGCUGAAAAUAAAGACUCCUCCUUGAACCAAUA